UUUAUUUUAGUCUCACCUUCUCCUUCUACUUUUUAUCAUUUCCCUUUCUCUUCCCAUUUUAGUCUUCCUAUAACUUCUUCUCAAUCCUCUCUCAUAUCUUUUUUCUUAGUUUAAAUUUCAAUAAAAUAGAAGAAAAAAAAACAUAUACAAAUCUACAGAGAAGAGAAGCUUUAUUUUAAUCUUGUUGUGUGUUUUAUAUAAUUUUUAUUUUUUUUCAAAUUAAAAUCUCUUCUUUGCUUUUGAUGUGGGUAUGGCUGGUCUUGAUCUAGGCACAGCUUUUCGUUACGUUAAUCAUCAGCUCCAUCGUCCCGAUCUCCACCUUCACCACAAUUCUUCUUCCGAUGACGUCACUCCCGGAGCUGGGAUGGGUCAUUUCACCGUCGACGACGAAGACAACAACAACAACAACAACCAUCAAGGUCUUGACUUAGCCUCUGGUGGAGGAUCAGGAAGCUCUGGAGGAGGAGGAGGUCACGGCGGCGGAGGAGACGUCGUUGGUCGUCGUCCACGUGGCAGACCACCGGGAUCGAAGAACAAACCGAAACCUCCGGUGAUUAUCACGCGCGAGAGCGCAAACACUCUUAGAGCUCACAUUCUUGAAGUAACAAACGGCUGCGACGUUUUCGACUGCGUUGCGACUUAUGCUCGUCGGAGGCAGCGAGGGAUCUGCGUUCUGAGCGGUAGCGGGACGGUCACGAACGUCAGCAUACGUCAGCCAUCUGCGGCUGGAGCGGUUGUGACGCUACAAGGAACGUUCGAGAUUCUUUCUCUCUCCGGGUCGUUUCUUCCUCCUCCGGCUCCUCCCGGAGCAACUAGUUUGACAAUUUUCUUAGCCGGAGGACAAGGUCAGGUGGUCGGAGGAAGCGUUGUGGGUGAGCUUACGGCGGCUGGACCGGUGAUUGUAAUUGCAGCUUCGUUUACUAAUGUUGCUUAUGAGAGACUUCCUUUAGAAGAAGAUGAGCAGCAGCAACAGCUGGGAGGGGGAUCUAACGGCGGAGGUAAUUUGUUUCCGGAGGUUGCUGCUGGAGGAGGAGGAGGACUUCCGUUCUUUAAUCUACCGAUGAAUAUGCAACCAAAUGUGCAACUUCCGGUGGAAGGUUGGCCGGGGAAUUCCAGUGGAAGAGGUCCUUUCUGAUGUGUAUAUAUUAAUAAUCAUUAUAUAUAUACCGGCGGAGGAGCUUUUCCGGCGAAGAUUUGCGAGAGUGAAGAAAGGUUAGAAAAGCUUUUUAUGGACUAAUGAAUUUCAAAUUAUCAUCGUGAUUUCGGACAUUGUCUUGUUCAUCAUGUUAAGCUUAGGUUUUUCUCUGUCUUUUUGUUUUUGCGUUUUGUAGAAUUUUAUGUUUAAUCCUUUUUAUUUUCUGUGAAACUCUAUUUGUGUUCGUCUGCGAUGAAAAAAACCCUCAAAUCUUUCUUCAU